CUGAUUAAUGAUGCAUCAUGCAUGUGACUAUAUGGUCAUUUAUUACUUAUAUAAUGCAAUUAGUUGGGAACUUUAUGUAUAAUUAGGCGGAGGAACCCAUUUGAAGGAAAAUUAUAUCCCUGCUUUCUCUCUUUUGUUCUCUCUCUCUCUCUCUCUCCCUAGCUCUUCAACUAUCAUUCUAUCAAAAUGUCUUUCUCCCUCUCUCUCACAUACCCAUCUCCCUAAGUGGGUUAAUUUCUUGAUCUUGUGCUAAUUUCUGGACAAGAAUCAUUGAAUCCAGUGUUAAUUUGUACAAUUAAUACCAUGGAAGGCUUGAGUUUCUUCUUUGGAGUGAUGGCCAAUGUGCUCUCAGUCCUGGUGUUUCUUUCUCCCAUAGACACUUUUCGGAGAAUAACGAGGCAGCGAUCGACGGAGGAGUUUGAGAGCCUGCCAUACGUAUGUACAUUGUUAAGCGCAGCCUUGUGGACUUACUAUGGAAUCAUCAGGCCUGGAACCUACCUUGUAGCCACUGUCAAUGGCUUUGGCACUCUUGUUGAGAUUGUCUAUGUUACAUUGUUCCUCAUAUAUGCACCCCCAAAGAUGAAGGCAAAAACCGUUGUGUUUGUUGGGAUUGUUGAUGUGGGGUUUCUAGCAAUAGCAGUUUUGGUCUCUCAAUUAGCAUUGCAAGGAGAUCUACGAAUUGAUUCAAUUGGCACCAUUUGUGCUGCCGUCAGUAUUAUCAUGUAUAGCUCACCUCUUGCUGCCAUGAAAACAGUGAUCACAACCAAGAGCGUGGAGUACAUGCCAUUCUCUCUCUCGUUUUUUAUUUUCUCCAGUACAGGAAUUUGGGCACUCUACGGUUUGCUUGUCCAAGAUUAUUACGUUCUGGUUCCAAACGGGACAGGAUUUGUACUAGGAACAGCACAGCUGGUGUUAUAUGCAAUUUACAGGAAUUGUAAGCCAUCUACAACUAGUGUUGAUUCCGACAGAUUGGAAGAAGGAUGGCAACAUGAGCCUCUUCUUUCACCAUCCGAUGACAAGCUUGAAGGCUGAUUUAUCAAUGAUUGCUUAAUCGUACUGUGGAUUCACAAGCACCAGAUCACAUGACAGGCCCAUGUAGUUAAGUCACGAGCAAAAGAAACUGAAUGGGGGCCCAUGACCCAUUGUAUGACAAAACUUCAGGCCUGAAUAGUUAGACGCCCAUUGAGUGGGCCCAUGGUCCAAUGUAUUGUUGUUGUUUGACUCUCUCUAUUUUGUCUUUGUCGGUUAAGAUAUUGUUUGACUC